AUGUACCCAUUGAUUUCUGUUCCAACUAACCCAGUCCAGCAAGUUUGUAUUCCCCAGUCCAUCUUGGGUACUGACGUUCUUUGUCAAGCCAAGUCCGGCUUGGGUAAAACGGCUGUUUUUGUGCUCUCCACCUUGCAACAGUUAGAUCCUGUUCCUGGUGAGAUCACCACCUUGGUCAUCUGUCACACCAGAGAAUUGGCCUACCAAAUCAGAAACGAGUACGCUCGUUUCUCCAAGUACAUGCCAGACGUCAAGACCGAGGUGUUCUACGGUGGUAUUCCAAUUGCCAAAGAUAUUGAAAAAUUGAAAAACAAAGACACUUGUCCUCACAUUGUCGUGGCUACUCCAGGUAGAUUACACGCCUUGGUUGAAGAAAAGGCUAUCCGUUUGAACAAUGUCAAGUCGUUUGUUAUCGAUGAGUGUGACAAGGUGUUGGAGGCUAUUGAUAUGAGAAGAGAUGUUCAAGAUAUCUUCCGUAACACUCCUCACCAAAAGCAAGUUAUGAUGUUCUCUGCUACCUUGUCGCAAGAAAUUCGUCCUGUUUGUAAAAAAUUCAUGCAGAACCCAUUGGAAAUCUACGUUGAUGACGAGGCCAAGUUGACUUUGCACGGAUUGCAACAAUACUACCUCAAGUUGGACGAGAAAGAAAAGAACCGUAAAUUGGCAGACUUGUUGGAUUCGUUGGAGUUCAACCAAGUGAUCAUCUUUGUCAAGUCGACCCUGAGAGCUAACGAGUUGAACAAGUUGUUGGUGGCCUCGAACUUUCCGUCGAUUGCCGUUCACUCGGCUAUGCCUCAAGAGGAGAGAAUCGCCAGAUACAAGUCUUUCAAGGAGUUCAACAAGCGUAUUUGUGUGUCCACCGAUGUGUUCGGUAGAGGUAUCGAUAUUGAGAGAAUCAACUUGGCUAUUAAUUACGACUUGCCAAACGAAGCCGACCAAUACUUACACAGAGUUGGUAGAGCCGGUAGAUUCGGUACCAAGGGUUUGGCUAUUUCGUUCGUUGGUUCGAAAGAAGAUGAAGAAGUGUUGGAGAAGAUUCAAUCGAGAUUCGAUGUCAAGAUCACCGAGUUUCCUGAGGAGGGUGUUGAUUCAUCCACCUAUAUGAACACCUAA